CUGGAGAGGAGAGAAAGAGGUCCAGGUUUGAGUUUUUUUUUUUUUUGCCACAUUGCCCAACAUUGCCGUCAGGAAUCCACAGUUUAAGUGAAGGAGUGCUGUGUGAGGGAACGUCGGGCUGCUGGCCGUGAAAGGUCCAUACGUGUUGAGCCAGAGACUCUGAGCGCCAGUACAGAGGAUGGCAGCCCGGAUGUUGGCGGUGUUGUGUGUUCUAGCUACUCUGUCUUGCCAGGUGUUGGGCUCAACAGAAACCCUCCAUAACAAGGACGAGCUCAGACCACAGGUGCUCUUCCCAUGGAGAGGGCGGCGUGGGGGUGUGGUCAGGGUGAAAAGGGACUGGAUCAUUCCUCCAAUCAGGGUGCUGGAGAAUAGCAAGCAGAUACCUGAAGAUCUGGUGCAGAUCAAAUCGGACAAAAUAUUUACAGGCGAGGUCAUCUACAAGUUGGAGGGACCCGGGGUGGACCAGGAACCCAAGAACCUGUUUGAAAUCGAUGACAAAAGCGGGGUGAUCCGGAGCAAGAAGCCGCUGGACAGGGAGCGAUACAACAGCUUCACGUUGAAAGCCUUUGCCUUGUCCCCCAGCGGGGAGAGAUUGGAGAACCCUACCACCAUCGAGAUAGUGGUGUUGGACCAGAAUGACAACAAACCCGUCUUCACCCAGAACCAGUUUACUGGCACGGUCACCGAGUUCUCGGUUCCAGGCACAUCCGUGAUGUCCAUAUCAGCUACUGACGCCGAUGAUCCGAUGACAGACAACGCUGCUCUGAGCUACUCCAUCGUCGGCCAGGAGAGCAUACCUGCCUCCGCGGUGACCAAGACUAUGUUCGGUAUCAACAACCAAACGGGGGCCAUCUACACGAGGGACGUAGGCCUCGACAGAGAGGUGGUGAAAAGUUUCAAACUGAGACUUCGGGUCGCCGACAUGUCGGGCAUGGGUCUGACAACCGAGGGUGUGGCCAUCAUCCACGUAACUGAUAUCAACAACCACGCCCCACAGUUUGACCCCCGCAUGUACAGCAUGUCGGCGGUGGAAAACAGGAGGGACUACGAGAUCGGACGGGUGAACGUGACAGACAGAGACGACCCCGGGACAGGAAACUGGGAGGCCAAAUACGCAGUUACCAAGGGCGACCCCAACGGCAACUUCGCCGUCAGCACGGACCCCGUCACCAACCAGGGCGUUGUGACGGUGGUGAAGCCUCUGGAUUAUGAGGCCCAGCCCGAGUAUAACCUGGUUCUGACGGUGGAGAAUCUCAAUGCCCUGAGCGUCAAAGCUCACAGUUAUCCAGCCAGCAGCGCCACGGUGGUCGUGACCGUAAUGAAUGAAAACGAGGCUCCGCGCUUCAGGGAGGACCCCAUACAGAUAGUGGUCCCAGAGUCGGUGGUCCCCGGCACGGUGCUGAAAACUAACCUGGCGUACGACCCCGAUUACUCUGAGCUGAGAUAUGAGAUCAGUACAGAUCCUGAGAGGUGGCUGGAAAUAAACAGAGAAACGGGGGAAAUCACCGCCAGGAGGACCUUCAACAUGCGAUCCCCCCACGUUAAAAAAAAUAUCUACACUGCUGCCAUCAAAGCCAUAGAUGCUGACGGCUCAUCAACUGUCGCCACUCUGCUCAUCACGCUGAGGGAGACCAACGACUUCCCCCCUCAGCUGACCCCCCUGAGCGGCACCAUGUGCAGCCAUGCCACCCAGAGGAAUUCCGGCCUGGUGCUCACGGCCGUGGAUGAAGACCUGUCUCCACACGCACAGCCCUUCACGUUCGAUUUGCCAGAUGAUCUGUCGGUCAACUGGACCAUUAUACAAGUCAACGCCACCCACGCGAUGCUUCAGUCCCUGGUGGAGCUGGAGACGGGCGAAUACGCCGUGUCCGUGUUGGUGUCAGACUCUGGCAGACCCACCCUAAGCGCCUACGCUCAGGUCAACGUCACCGUGUGCCGCUGCGACUCCUUCGGAGACUGUCGGUCAGAGAUGGGGGCCAUCUUUGGCUCUAGUGUGGGGAUCAACUUCCUCGCCCUGAUCAUCAUCAUGGCCAGCAUCGCCCUGCUACUGCUGAUGCUUCUUCUCGCUGUGGCGGUGACCAACUGCAGCAGACGGCACCAUAUAAAGAAAGGAACGGGUCUGCUUGUGGGGGAAUCUGAUGACGACAUACGGGACAACGUCUUCAACUAUGACGAGCAGGGAGGAGGGGAGGAGGACGAGAAUGCCUUUAGCAUUGACCUGCUGUGGAACCCCGGUGACGCCCCUCCAACCCCUGGGUCCUUCUGUCUAGGUGGGCCCCGGGGCAAACAGCCCCUCAGGAAGGACGCGCCGCACAACCUACCCUCGCCCACCUACCCCCGCAGGCCCCCAGCAGACCCCACUGACAUAGAGGACUUCAUCAAUGACGGCCUGGAGGCUGCAGACAACGACCCCAAUGUGCCUCCAUACGACACAGCCCUGAUCUACGACUAUGAGGGAGAGGGCUCGGUGGCGGGCAGCCUCAGCUCCAUUGCUUCAUGCAGCUCGGAUGAAGAACAGGACUACGACUACCUGAAUGACUGGGGACCACGCUUCCAGAAACUGGCCAACCUGUACGGUCCGCGCUAGGAUGGGCAGCAGCAACCUUUGUCACACGGGUGACUUAACACAGGGACACAGAUUACACCUUUGCCAGGGAUUAUGACAUAAUCUGGACACUUUUAAAUCCGGGACUAGAUUUGGAACGUGCUAAAGGAAAAUGCCGUGGGAAGCCCCAGGUCCUGGAUCUGAUGUAGGGUCAUUAAUCAUAACUGUGAACCAAUAUUGGCAAAUUUUGCAAAGUUUCAUGACAGGUUGUGUAGACAGGGGGGAGCAAGAGACGUGAAAGAGGGAAUUGGCUGUUAAACGAGGAGAAAGGCAGGAAGUUGAGCGUGAAGAGAGGGAAAUGGGAUUUAUGUUGAACCGUGUGCCAAGGUCUGGUAAUCGUUCAACAUCUGACUCAGAUUCAGUCAUAUAUAUAUAUAUAUAUAUAUAUAUAUGACCUAAAAAACUUGAGAUUUGAAAACCUUUCAAUUGUACGUUUUUCUUUUUUUUUAUAUAAGUGAUUUUGUAAAAUAUAUUUGCUAUGAUAAUAAUUUUGUUUUUAAGCAUAUUUAUCCAUUUUCAAAACAGGUCCUCCAUUCCAGCAUCUGUUACCUAUUCUCCGUGGAGGUGUCACAUUCAGUACAACGCUCAACCCGUACACACACACACGUACACACAAAUUGUACCACGCUGCAACUCAUGUGAUAGUUAGGAUGUAAAGGCUUUGGUUUGACGUUUUAAAUAUUUUCAUUGCGUUGAGGAUUUACUGUUUUCCAGUGAAUAAAUGUAAAUCUCUUGUUUGUACUGUU